AUGUUAAAAUCAGAAGUAAAACAUGGAUGUGACUUACAUAUAUCACAAGAGUUUAAUUCAACAGAUAACAUUAAUAUUUUGAUUGACAAACUAAUCAUGAUUCUGAUUAAAAUACAAGAUGAAGAUAAUGUUAAUGAGUAUUAUGGAGUUAUUCCUUUUAUUGCUCCGGAAAUAUUUCAAGGACAAAAAUUUAAGAAAUAUACCAAAGCAUCAGACGUAUAUAGCUUUGGUAUGAUUAUGUGGGAAUUAAUGACAGGUAGAAGACCUUUUUGGGACCAAAAUUAUGAUACAGAACUUAUUAUGAAAAUUUGUGAUGGUUUUCGUCCUCCAAUUGUUACAAAUGCACCUGAAGAGUUUACAGAGUUUACAGGAAGUUCAAGAAGUCGAGUAAUUAUUGGUAAGAGAAAGUUUGAUGAUGAAAAUAAUGAUAUAGAUGAAAGCAUUAAAAGAACAAAAUUCGAUGGAAAUAAUA